AUGUUCACCCUCAUAUGGAAGAUUGUGCUUCCCUACGUAGUUUUGCACGGAUUUGGUGCCGACCAACUUGUGCUGUCCGCUCUGAACACGGAGGCACAUCUGGCAGUGCAGGGCUCUGUGAAUACGUUACCAGGUGUUCCUCAUGUCGAAUCUGGCAGUGCAAUAGUGACCGGCGCGUCAGUAGAAGAAAACAGAAAAGUAAAACUCGUCCAACCCAAGCAAUAUGGAAUCAUUCCCGACGGGGUAGCUGAAAGGACGGCGGAAAAGAAAUCGAUGAAAGAGGAACGCGUGGCAAUCAAAGAUCUGAUCAAGUCGCUGAAAGAAACACCCGGAAAAGAAUCGUCUGAGAUUCCUACCCAGCUAGAGGCGCUUCAUCUGCUGUUGAGCAUACCCACCUUCCAUAGGGUACUUCGCCUGAGUGGCAUCAACCCGUCUUUCGAUUUCCUCCUUCCCAAGUUAAGCACUGAGCUCGAACAAGAGUCUCACGACGUCGGACCCGCAAUAGCAAGCGCCGAUUUGCUUGAUCCGGUCAAUGUUCAACCUUUGUCGGCAAUCGACGGCCGAGUUACACGAUCAGGAGGAAAAUCAAAGUUUCUGGCACAUAUCAGCAAUAAGAAUCAGCUGAAGAGAGUGAAGAGACUAAAAAAAUUCAUAACUUCUCGCAAGUCCAAAAAAGAGAGCACCAGAGAGCAUUCAUUUAUUGCAACCCCGUCGAUUUUGGAUGGUAAUCCCCUUGAACUGACAAUACCUCAAGUUACCAACGAUGAGCGCUUAUCUUCAGAAAAACCCUUUCAGGUGCCGGGUGAAGCUCAAACAUCGACAAGUAACUCCCCACUUCCUGCCACUCUUACAAUCUCCAAAAGUCCUAAGAGUGAAACUCAGGAGUCUCAAGGUAGCAGUGCAGCAUUCCAUCAAAACAGGCCUAUGGUUACAACAGACAGCGGCAUAACAACUCAUCAGGCCGAGAUUUCAAACUCACCAUCCAGUGGAAAACCAACAGACUUGGCCAGCAUUCCGGCUGAAGCACAUGUGACCAAUAUUUCGGGCGCCCGUGACUUACCGGAAACCGAACCCAUCCCACCAGAUCAAGAAAGUACAUCGAAGAAAAGUCUCAUGAGUCUCAAGGAAUUUCUGAUUGGAAGAGGAAUUCCACUCGGAGAAUUAGAGAUCCACAGUGACAGGAAAGGCAUAUUAGAUGGGGAUGAGUUUGAGUAUAUGAAAAACCUGAUCGUUGAAGAAAAGGUUAAGGCUUGGGAGUCUUUAGAAACAAGGCUCAUUGAGCUACAAUCACUAGAAUUACUUCCCGAUCCCACCGAAUCGCUCAUUGAAUUUCAAUUAUUAGGAUUACUCCCCAGUCCCACCGAAUCAGGCUUCCAGCUUGAAUUCUUAAAAAUCUUAUUCCUUACUGGGGACUACAUCUAUGAAUACGGGCUAUUGCCCUCAAAGUUCAUCGAAGGUAUCAAAAUAUUCAAACCAGAUCUUCUCUUGAAUAUGCUCAAAUUCCAUAUUGAUCUCAUGUUCCUCAGAUGGGGAGUAUCCUUUUUUGGUAAAUCUGAGACGGUGAUACCUCAGCUGGAAUUUCUAACAAACGGAUUGAGGGUCAAACAAUUCCAUAGAUCCAUAAAAGCCCUUACUCCUGAAUAUCAGAAGCGUGCAGUCUAUGUUGUCUUGGGCACUAUCAUGUCGCAUACUGAAAGAUAUUUCAAUGAGGACCCAACUCACAGAUUCAGCGAGAUUCGCGAAGCAUUUUGCCGGCCCCAGUUUCUCGAAGAAAUGCAGAGACUUUCUUCUGAUUUGAAGGAUGGAUCAGACACGGACCAUCUGGCCGAGAGAAAAAACCUGGCAACUGUCCUUCUUAUUAAGAACGUGAUCGGAUUCUUCCAAUCGCCUCCAUGGAUUCCAGUCCCAUCCCACAUGAGGAUCGAGUUCUUAUUGGGUUAUUACGUACUAGACUUCCUUCAAAAAAAUUACCGGCCGGUUAUGAAGACCAUCAGAUCACGGAUCGGCGAGAACGACUUUCUACUCAAAAACCAACUCAAAUUCAUCCGUAGUUAUCUAAAGUUCUUCCAGGGUCGAGCUCAAGAUCCGAUGAAUUUUGUAUUUGAAGAACAAGACCACACUUUCUCACAGAUGGCCAGAUCAACUGCGCCGGGUGAUGUCGAUCUUCGUGACUGGAUUCUCACCUCACCCCUUGCCAUCUUUGGCCACACCAGUUUGCGUUUAGGUGCCCAUAGGCCACCUGACUUUAACCUUUGGAUGGACAAAAUACCCUAG